AUCCAGAAUCACAUCGCGUCCCUCAUCCUCACUACCAGCUCCUUCUGCCCCACACCCUCAUCCCACCCUCGUCGCCUGCCCAAGAUGUUCGGCGGUGGGGGCAACUCGGGCUUCACCUUCGGCCAGCCACAAGGGCAGCAGCAGCAGCAAGGGCAGCAGCAGGGCCAGACUGGCGGCUUGUUCGGACAGCAACAGCAGCAGCCUCAACAGAAUGCCUUUGGUCAGCCGCAGUCGUCGGGAGCCUUUGGCUCUGGCGGCUUCGGCGCCCAGCAGCAGUCGCAGCCCGCCGGCGGAGGUCUAUUCGGCCAAGCCAACAACAACGCCCAACCGGCAUCCGGAGGCUUCUCCUUUGGCGGUCAGCAACAACAGCAGCCCGCAGCAGGUGGUUUUGGCGCCGCAGCAAGACCAGCUACCACAUUUGGCGGCGGCUUCGGCGGCGGAGCGACCAGCAAUACGGGCUCGACCUUCUCCUUCGGCGCGAAUAACAAUGCGCAGCAACAGCAGCCCCAGUCCAAUCCCUUCGGUGCUGCUCCUGCCGCUAACAAUCCCUUUGGAGCAAAGCCUGCCGGUGGCGGGCUGUUCGGCGGGGCAGCUCCUCAGCAGCAGCAGCAGCAGCCGGCAAGUGGUGGUCUCUUCGGACAACAGCCUCAGCAAGCCGCCGGCGGUGGUCUCUUUGGCGGCGCUGGUGCGGCUGGAGCUCCCGGGGCACAGGUUACGCAGGGCAGCUCCAAUCCGCCCUACCAGGUCAGUGUGCUGCAGGAGAAGGACGCGUCCAACAAUACGACGUCUUUUGCGUAUCAGUCCAUCAGCUGUAUGCAGCCGUACAAGGGCAUGAGCUUCGAAGAGCUCCGCGUGCAGGACUAUGAGCAGGGAAGAAAGAGUGGCAAUGCCAGCGGGCCUUCCACGUCUGGUGGGUUUGGAUUCGGCCAGCAGAACCAGCAGCAGGGUCAGACCUCGACAUUCGGUGGGGGAGGGGCCUUUGGACAGCAGCAACAGCAACCGCAGCAGGGAGGCGGGCUGUUCGGAGCGCAGAAUAAUCAGCAGCAAAGCGGUGGCCUGUUCGGUGGACAGCAGCAGCAGCAGCCUGCGUCAGGAGGCUUGUUCGGCCAGCAGAGUAACCAGCAGUCUGGCGGACUGUUUGGCGGUCAGCAGCAACAGCAGCAGCAACCUGCAUCGACCGGCUUUAGCUUUGGCGGGAACAACACGCAGCAGCAACAGCAGCCCGCCUCAACUGGAUUCUCAUUCGGCGGGGCCGCACAAAGCAACAGCAAUACCGCCAACAAGCCCCUCUUUGGCGGGUUUGGCUCGACGCAGCCGUCUACAAACACUGGCACAGGGGGUGGAUUCUCCUUCGGCGGGCAGCAGCAGCAACCGCAACAGCAGCCGGGGCAGACGGGCGCCUUCGGCAGCACGGGUGCAACAGGCGGAGGCUUCUCAUUUGGCGGCGCAGCGAAUAAUGCUCCCAAGCCUGGCGGCCUCUUCGGCUCCUCGCAGCCCGCGGCUACCUCGUCUGCGCCAGCCUUUGGCGGCUUUGGCGCAGCAGCAUCUUCUGGCGCAGCCACUGCCAACAAGCCCGCCUUCUCUUUUGGCGGCACAUCCUCAUCCGGCACCGGCUUUGGCGCUCAGCCUGCGCCCUCGACUGGCGGCGGUCUGUUCGGCGGCGGGGCCGCAACCUCGCAGCCCAUGACGACAAGCGCGCCUGCAGCAGGUGGAAGUCUCUUCGGCGGCUUUGGGCAGCAAAACGACCAGCAGCAACCUGGUCAACAAGGUCAACAGCCUGGUCAAACGGGCGGCCUCUUUGGCGGUGGUGCUGGAGGAACCAGCGGUGGUCUCUUUGGCGGAGCAGCUGGGGCGGCCAAGCCUGGAGGGCUCUUCGGCAGUAGCACAACGACUUCGCAACCAACUGGCCAGACUGGAUUUGGUGCUGGCGGGACGACGGGCGGGUUCAGCUUUGGUGGCGCCAACAACCAGCAGCAGGGCCAGCAGCAGCAGAAGCCCGGAGGUUUCUCCUUUGGACAAUCCACUACGGGCGCAGCGGGUGGUGGUGGUCUAUUCGGUGGUGGAGCAGGAGCGACAGGCGGCGGUGGACUCUUUGGAAGCUCAACGACAGGCGCAGGUGGAAGCUCGCUCUUCGGCAACAACACGGCAGGUCAGGCAGGUGCCGGCGGUGGCGGCCUUUUCGGCUCGUCAACAGCUGGAGGCCAAGCCGGUGGACUCUUUGGCUCGCAAUCAGGUCAGCCAGCCAAUCUUCCUCCUCAAGGCGUGGGCCUCACCUCGGAUCCCUACGGCACCGACGCCCUCUUCAAGUCGAUUGGCGCGGGAGGUGCAGUGAACCAACCGGCACUGCCAUUCAACGUCUCGACAAGUGGCCCGCAACAAGGUCCAUCCCCACUCUCAGCGAGCGUGCGCAGCAAGCCCCUUCCCGCACCAAUGAUGAGCCCCUUCCGUGCAAACCCAAAGAACGCAAGCCGCAUCGCCCGCCUUCGCGCUGGUGGCACUCCGGCGCGAGACUCCUCGCCCUCGGCGGGGGCCAACGGUCUGUUCGGUCGACGGUCUAGCCCUGCUCUCAACGGACCUGGAGGUCUCUUCCAAGGGCUCAGCGAUGAAGUCGGGAGCCCCUCGGCAGACUCUGGUCUCCCCUCGCAGGCCUUUGUGGGUCGCUCCAACGUGAAGCGCCUGAUCCUCAACGACAAUGGCGGCGAUCGAUCAACAUGGGGCGGGCGCAGCGUGCGCGCUGGGACGGAGGCAGUUGACGGUACGCCUGGUACGGCGGGCAAGGAGUCCGUGUUCGGCGGUCGAUCCGGCACAGUCCCUCCCAAGGCUCUUGGCGGCGUCGGAUCGGCCGGCAAAAGUAUCGCCUUUAGCCCCGCACUCGAGACCGGCUUGGGUCGUCGUGGCAACGCUGCACCAGCCGACGAGACUUCCUUUGGCGACACGUCUCUGCAGCGCAGCCGCAGCAAUCUCUUCGCCGAGACGCCCUCCAAAGCAAAUCACGUCCUGCCCUCGAAAGGUCGCGACCUCUUUGCUACCUCUGCUGCGCCAGCUUCUGAACGCGAGCCUACGCUGGACGAGUUGCCGGAAGGAGCUUACCACGUCUCCCCUUCUCUACGUCAGUUGAGGCAACUGAGCUUCCAACGUCUCUCUUCCGUCCCCGAUCUCACCGUCACCCGCAAAGGCUUCGGCUCUGUGCGCUUCCUCGACCCUGUCGAUCUCACAGGCAUCAAUGAUCUCGCAACCAUCCCAGGCGGAAUUGUUCAGCUACGCGAAAAGGAGAUCUGGGUCUACCCACAGCGCGAAGACCUCGCUGCAGGGCAGGACGGUAUGCAGUCCGGUUACGAGCGUAGGCCCGUCCCCAAGGCCGAGGAAGGCAAGGGACUCAACGUCCCUGCAGAGGUAUCCCUUGAGCUCUGUUGGCCUCUGGAUAAGGCGACGAAGCAACCCGUUAAGGGCGAUGCCAAUCACCCGCGCGUGAAGCAGCAUAUUGGCAAGUUGAAGAAGAAGGCAGAGACGCGCUUCAUCGAGUACGAUGCUGCGAGCGGGAGAUGGACCUUCGAGGUUGAUCAUUUCUCGCGUUAUGGGUUGGACCCGAAUGACACGAGUGAUAGCGAAGAGGAGAAGAGGAAAGUGCGCGGGAAGAAGGGACAGCAGCAGCGACGUACCGCUCAGGACGGAUCCAGCGAUGGAGACUCCGCGGAGGAUGACGACGCACCACCACCGCGGCGCACUCUUCGUGGCCCUCCCUCCCUCACCUCGGCUUCCUCAGAAGAUGGCACGUACGAUGACGACGAUGAGGAGCUUGCCUCUCAGGCAUCCUCCGUCGAGAUGCCAGCGCUGGACGACAUCAAGGAGUCGACCCCGCGGCGGCGCCCGCUAGCGUCUUCGCGAGCGCAACGACAAAGCAGCGCAACGCCUCGUCGUGGGGAAAGCGUGUCUCGCGCCACUCCUCAGCCGCAGCCGUGGGCAGCACAGGUCGGUGUUGAGCCACGACGCGUGCAAGUGAUGCAAGCGUCUUUUUUUGGACGUAGGGCGCCUGGAGAAGUGACGGAGGAGGACGAGCGAGAAGAGCAGGCCAGGACGCCCAGGUGGAAGGAAAGCAAGGAGGAAGAGACAUCAGCAAUUGGCGGCAAGAGGAAGACUGCCCCAAGCGCCGGCACCGAUGCACAGAGCAAGGAUUACAGCGAAUCGCGAGACACAGCACGGCGACUGGAGGAGGAGGCCAAGAUCCCUCACUUGACGACAGUGCAAAGCGUUACGCGCAAGCUCACCCGCGUCGACCUUCAUCACUCGGUUGCGUUCGGCAACGACACGGUUCCCCCACCGCUAGACGCAGGUUUUGCGCUCGGGCGUAGCUUCCGUGUUGGGUGGGGCCCAGGAGGGAUGCUGGUGCAUGCUGGGACCGUGCAGGGGGUGUUGAGUGCUGAUCGCGUCAAGGCUGCAGCCGAGAAGCCAGCUCAAUCCUCGACGUUGACGCUGGAGAAGGCCCGUGUGUUUGGGAAAGGCCAUACAGCGGAGGAGGAGGAGGCAAAGAAGGCUGAGCGACUGCUCGAGUUACAGCUUGCUCAAUCGAUUGUUGUCAGCAGCAGCGAAGAGCAGGAGGACGCAGAGGACAUGGAGGAGCUCGUCGACACGGACGACUGCCCCUUUAUCUACCCGCAGUCCUCGCUCCGCUUCCAGCACUUUGCCAGCAAGUUCGAAGCCUCCGAUCGCAGUCAUGAAGCCCUCCUUUGGCGAUUAGGCAAGGCGCUAUUCGACGAGGUCGACCACCUGCGCCUGCCCACGAAUGCAAGCAACGAUCUCACUCAGACGAUCACGACGCUGCGCCGCAAAGCUGCCCUCUCUUCCUGGCUCGCCCACGCUGUCAGCCCUUCAGCGGAGCAAGAGUGUCGCGGCCAUGUAGCGGCCAAUCGUUCCGCUGCUCAAGUCGUAUUCAGCCACUUGACCGCCAAUCAGGUGGAGAAGGCUUGUGUGGCCGCUCUGGACGCGGGCGACGUACGCCUGGCUACUCUCCUCGCUCAGCUGGGCGGAGGAGAUGAUGAGACUCGCGCAGACGUGGCGGAGCAGCUGGCCAUCUGGCGUGCCCAAGGGGUGGAUGCACACAUCGAUCGGGAGCAUCGCCGCGUGUAUGAGCUGUUGGCGGGCAACGUGACUGUGUCGCAAGGCAAUACGGGCGCGGGCAAUCGCAGCGCUCGCGACCCGAUGGAUAGAGUGGAAGAUGUGCCCAUCGCCGCCGGCUUGGACUGGAAGCGCGCAUUCGGUCUGCAUCUCUGGUAUGGGACGUCCUUUGACUCCCCACUCACUGCUGCGUUCGAUCGGUACGAGGCAGCCUCAUCGACCUCGUCGGGGGAUACGGCUCCUCCCUUGCCGCCGUAUCGCGAAAAGUCCAACCUCGGCACUCUUCGACUGCGCGAGCUACUCAAGACGGGCAGCUACGAUCGAGACGCGCUCUUCUACCUCGUCAAGCUCUACGCCCACCCUACUUUCGACCUGGAGACAGCCCUCUCUCCCUUUGGCUUUGGCCCUACACUCGCCGACUACAGACUGCCUUGGCACCUCUACGUCCUCCUGUCUCGCGUGCUGCGACGCCGCGACUUCAGCGACAGGCUGGAGCUGGGGAUUGAUGCGCCGGAAGGGGUUGAAGGCAACUCGACGCGCGCAGACAACUUGACAGCGGAUUAUGCGCAUCAACUGGAGUUGCAGGGGCAAUGGACUUGGGCUGCAUUUGUGCUGCUCCACCUCGAAUUGCCAGCGAGCAGACGCGCGGCGGUCAAAGCCUUGCUCAGCCGCAGCGUCGCGCGUCUCGGCGAGGAGGGUGGGAAGGAGUGGGACUUCCUCACCUUGCGCCUCAAGGUUCCGUCGUCAUGGCUUUACGAGGCACAAGCUCUCCAAGCACGCCAGCGUGAGGACCGCUAUGAUGAGUACUCGCUCUUGCUCAAAGCAGAGCUCUUUGAGCGUGCACACGCUAUUGCUGUCCGUGAUCUGGCACCGGAGGCCAUCAUCCGCGGCGACGUCAACGUGCUAUUCGAGCUGUUUGCCCCCUUCACCGAGGCCUUCGAGGAGCAAGUGGGCGACGAUCUGCCGGGCUGGACGGUCGGUGGGCAACUUUACUUGGACUACGUGGCGUGCGUGGAGCAGCUUCCUCAUUUGAUCUCCGUGGUGUCGGCGUCAAGAGAAGCGGCCGAGGGAGGCGACAACGUCAAGGCUGCAACAGACCCUGUAGCCCUUGAGCGACUCAACCGUCUCGCCCCGCGAGUGGCCGAGCUGCUCGACCUCGUACCGGAGCACCUCUUCCCUCCACCGCCACCUACCGUCGCCAGCGGUCGCGCCCCGCAGGAAGGCUUUGCCUCCCUUGGUCAACUGGUGGCACGGAGUGACAUGCUUGCUGCCCUGCACAAUUUGCAGCGCGUCCUUACCGUGCGUGCGUUGCUGCCGGGUGCGGGAGAUGGAAAGGAAGUCGGUGGAGUGCCGGCUAUGGCACCUGGUGUGGCGGUGGAGGCUGAGCAUGUGCAGAAUGCUGCUGGGGAUUACUUGGCGUUGCUGAUGAAGGCGGGAGGAGAUGACGAGGACGAGGACGAGGAUGAGGUGUUGAUGGAGUGAAGUGUCGUCGUCUCUUCUUCACCAACUCGUGC